UUCGUCAUCACUGCAGCUGCUGCUUCAGGUCAGAAAUCCGUCAGUCAACAUGAGUCCAAAACACGUUGUCUUCAAGAAGGUGUCCAGAGACAAGUCUGUGGCGGUUUACAUGGCCAAGAGGGACUUUGUAGACCACUGUGACUUUGUGGAUCCAGUUGACGGAGUGAUUGUGAUUGACCCCAUGCAGCUCAAAGGAAAGAAAGUGUACGUGAUGCUGUCAUGUACGUUCCGCUAUGGCCGCCAAGACAUGGACGUGAUGGGCGUGGCCUUCAGGAGGGACCUGUUUGUGGUGACCCGUCAGGUGUUUCCAGAACUGCAGGACAAAGAACAGCUGACCCACACCAAGAUCCAGCAGAAGCUGCUGCGCAAACUGGGAGACAACGCUUACCCCUUCUUCUUCGAGUUUCCAGACAACCUGCCGUGUUCCGUCAGUCUUCAGCCCGGUCCCACUGAUGAGGGGAAGAAAUGUGCUGUUGAGUUCGAGGUUAAAGCUUUCUGUGGAGAGAAUCAGGAGGAGAAGAUCGACAAGCAAAGUUCAGUUCGUCUGACCAUCCGAAAAAUCCAGUUCAGUCCUGAGAACACCGAGGUGGUUCCAGUGGCAGACAUGACCUUUGAGUUCCUGAUGUCUGAAAAACCUCUUCGUGUGAAGCUCAGCCUGCCCAAAGAGACGUUUUACCACGGAGAGCCGGUCAAAGCUAACGUUGAAAUCAACAACUCAUCCAGCAGGAACAUCAAGGACAUCAGCUUGUCAGUGGAACAGGUGACCAACGUUGUUCUUUACUCCAACGACAAAUAUGUGAAGUCUGUGGCCAGAGAAGAGACCGAGGACUCUGUCCCCUCUGGGACCACCCUGACGAAGGAGUACACCCUGCACCCGCUGCUGGCCUACAACAAGGAGCGCAGAGGAAUCGCUCUAGAUGGACGACUCAAACAUGAAGACACCAACCUGGCUUCAUCUAGCAUUGUGAAGCAGGAGGUUCUGAAGGAGGUUCAGGGGAUGCUCGUCUCCUACAAGGUGGUGCUGAGGAUGAUCGCCUCCGGGAUGGUAGGGUCCAGUGACGUGUCUCUGGAGGUUCCCUUCAAACUGAUGCAUCCCAAACCUGAAACAGCCAAAGACAGUGAACCUGACGACGUGGUGUUCGAGGACUUUAAACGGGCCUACAUGAAGGGUGUGGUCUACGGCGACGACGAUGAGUCCCCUGCUGAGGCCUGAAC